UAAUUGACGAGGAACUCAAAAAAUUAGGUGUUGAAAGUUGAGGAAGAAAAGUCUCCCCAAAGCCCUGCCUUUCUCUCUCCCUCUAUCUUUGAGCUAGGCCGAGAGAGAGAGAAGAACACCCCGACGACGAAGAAGACUUGUUUACUCUCUUAGAUCAGUAAAGGCAACUUUGUAUUCAGAAGCUUAUAAAUGGAUCAGAUAUUGAACAAGUUGGGUUCUUACUGGAUUGGUCAGAAAGCCAACAAAGAGUUCAAUUCCGUCGGCGAUGACAUUAACUAUUGAAGGAGGAAGCAAAUGGCUGGUGAACAAGAUUAAAGGAAAAAUGCAAAAGCCAUUGCCAGAACUGCUAAAGGAGUAUGACCUUCCAGUAGGCAUUUUCCCUCGUGAUGCCACCAACUAUGAGUUCAAUGAAGAAACCAAGAAGCUUACUGUCUAUAUUCCCUCAGUAUGUGAAGUUGGUUACAGGGAUUCGUCUGUAUUACGCUUCUCUACAGCUGUUACUGGGUAUUUGGAGAAAGGAAAGCUAGCUGACAUAGAGGGAAUGAAAACGAAAGUGAUGAUGUGGGUAAAAGUUAUGGCUAUUUCAUCUGAAAAGUCAAAGCUUCAUUUCACGGCUGGCUUGAAGAAAACCCGUAGUAGGGAAGCUUAUGAGGUCUUGAGAGAUGGAGUCGCUGUAGAUAAAUUCUAGUGUUGUCAACUUAUUAUGAACACUGAGAUUGUCAUAUAUCUGUAAAGCCUUAAAGUAUUGCUCUUCAUUGCUUCUUUGUUCGAGUUGUUGUAGUUGCGACUUCUCUGUGAAACAGUUGUGUGAAUAUUUUGAAUUUGGAUUAAAUUGGAAUGUUAAUUGCAAACUUAUGAAAUAUAAAAAUGUUGU